AUAGUGUGACCGUGACCGUGAGUGCCCACCCGCCCACUCGCACUCCCACUACCCCACCCCUUCCCUUCCCAUUCCAUUCUCUUCUCUUAUGGUGCCCCGCCGCGCGCCGCGCCACCACCACUAGCGUCCUGCUCGUUCCCCGUCCGUCCAUGGCCGCAGCGCCGUUCGCCCGCGUCUUGUCCCUCGUCCUCUUCCUCCUCAUCCUGACUGGCGCCGCGCGGGGCAAGACGGUGAAGAGAGAUGUGAAAGCAUUGAAUGAGAUCAAGUCUUCACUAGGCUGGAGAGUUGUAUACUCGUGGGUAGGCGAUGACCCUUGUGGGCAUGGUGAUCUACCCCCCUGGUCUGGUGUGACAUGUUCUCAGCAGGGGGAUUAUAGAGUUGUGACAGAACUGGAAGUAUAUGCUGUAUCAAUAGUUGGUCCUUUUCCUACAGCAGUAACUAACCUGUUGGAUCUGAAAAGAUUGGAUCUCCACAAUAACAAGUUGACGGGGCCAAUUCCUCCACAGAUUGGACGGUUGAAACAUCUCAGGAUAUUGAACCUGAGGUGGAAUAAACUUCAAGAUGUGCUUCCGCCCGAAAUUGGUGAACUAAAAAAAUUGACACACUUGUACUUGAGCUUCAAUAACUUCAAAGGUGAAAUUCCGGUGGAGCUUGCAAACCUACCAGAACUGCGUUAUCUUUAUCUUCACGAGAACCGCUUUACUGGGCAGAUCCCCCCUGAACUUGGAACUCUGAAGAACCUACGUCACCUUGACGUUGGUAACAACCACUUGACAGGCACUCUCAGGGACUUUGUUGGCAAUGAGAAUGGCUUCCCCUCCUUGAGGAAUCUAUACCUUAACAAUAAUGAAUUGACUGGUGUGCUGCCAGAACAGAUCGCAAAUUUGACAAACCUUGAGAUCUUGCACUUGUCCAAUAACAAGCUGAUUGGAUCAGUAUCGCCAAAACUAGUUCAUAUUCCAAGAUUGACCUAUUUGUACUUGGACAAUAACAACUUCAUUGGGAGGAUACCUGAAGGGUUAUACAAGCAUCCAUUUUUGAAGGAGCUGUACAUUGAAGGAAACCACUUUAGACCAGGAACCAAAUCAAAAGGAACGCACAAAGUGCUUGAAUUGCCUGAUGCUGACAUUUUAGUUUAGCCAAGCCCAUAUGCGGGCUUGUUGUUUAUCCUGCAGUAGAUUACGACAAAGGUCACGAUUCUACAUCUCUUCAUGUAGGUGUGAAAUGCACGCAUGAUUUUAGGGCAUAUGUAACUAUGUUUCACGUUGCAUUGUUCAAUGACAAAUUUACAUAUGCAAAAGGCCUCUUGCAAAAAAGGAAGAAAAGAAAUCAGUGAGUAGUAAAGUCCACUGUCAUACUGCAAUCAUCAUUAGAUGAGUGUACAGGUUGUAUUGUUUACCCUGUACCUUUGCUGUAUGAUGGAGAUGCUCUUCAGAUGUAAUGCCAGCACAUUGCACGGCACCGACAGUCCUAGCACAGCCACUGGCUAAUGAUAUUUUUGUUAUGCCACUGGA